AUGAAAUUCCAAGUCCUAGCCCUCGCUGCCACCACCCUUGUCGGCCUCUGCUCCUCCGUAGCUGCCAACACAACCCCUCGACAGCCUCGAGGGGAUAACUACGCUGCUUCCCUCGAAGCUCGAGCUUACUACCUCAAAGCUCGUCAAGACAUCGCCAACAACGCCACGACCGUUGAUCCAACAACAAUUGAAGACUGCGAAGAGGACGUCGAAGAUGACAGUGCUGUCGUUUCCGAUCCUUCUGCCCUCGCUACUGUCAACUCUACCGCAUCAGCCGGAAACUCCACCACCGUCCCUGAGGAGGACGAGUAUGAGGACGAGAACAGUGACUCCGCGGACGAUGAAGACGACCUGCCCUACUGUGAUGAGCUCGAAGGUGAAGAAGAGGAGAGUGACGGUGAUUCAUCUACCGCUGUCUCGUCUUCGGCCACUCCUUCCGCUACUCCUUCACAAAUCGGUGCUGUUCAAGCGGCCGCUGCCCCGUCCGCCGAUGCUUCCAGCGGUGAUGAGUCUUGUGGUGGAGUCACCACCGUGUACGUCACUGUGACCGCUGACAGUGACGCCGCGUCCACUCAAGCUGCCGCUACCUCCCAAGCCCAAUCUAUCACCAAUGUCGCUGCUGUUGCCGACCCCACCUCAUCGGCAUCAUCUUCCUCUGCUACUGCUGAUCCCGAGGACGAUGAAGAAGAUCUGGAAGAAGAGGAUGACGGUGAAUACGAUGACUGUGAGGAGGAAGAGGACGAAGACCUCGUAUCGGCCACCGCAACCUCUGCUGGUUUCUCAGUCACUGCCUCCGCCACUGCCGUACCCACCAACAAUGCUAUCGCUGGCAACAGCACCGCUACACCUGAAGACGAUGAAGAGUGCGAGGAAGAGGAUGAUGAAGUGGUCAGCUCAUCAACUCUGACUUCCGUCGAGUCCGUCCCUACCGAGUCAGCCAUUGCCAACGUCACCACUGCUACCACCAACUCUACCUCUGCCUCCACCUCUGAAUCAGUGUCUGCGACUGUAUCCGUUACCGAAAGUGCCACCGACGACGCUUCCUCUACCGUUUCUUCAACCGAAGAAGCUUUGGCCACAGAAACCGCUACCGACUCUGCCACUGUUUCUUCCAGCCAGGAGGCUUCGACAUCUGCGACUGAAGCCGUCACCGAAGAAUCUACCUCCACAGCCGCCGAGGGUGUCACCAUCACCGCUGAAGACGCCACCGCUACCGAGACUCCAGUUGGCAAGAGGCGAAUUUCAUUCUGGUAA